CACCACGCACAUCAACGUUACAGCAGCGCAGAGUCAUCGACCACGUUUGCACAUAAGCAACCGAGGUGCAGAGACUCAGAGACACUGCGGGUCAUGACGUGUGACUGUUCGCGUGGUGUCACGGCAUCAGGUGAGCACUGGUGAGCAGCCCGGUCCGCUAGAGGCGUUUGCGGCCAACUCUCCUCCGCCAAUACGAUCAGCAACGUUAACGCAAUAAGACCCAGCCCAUUGCGAGGACGCGUCUACCGAUCCACUGGCGCAUACGACUUACACCGAAAAUCUCCCGCAGAUGCGCACCUUCGCAGAUAUCCCGAGGUCACACGGACCCUCCUUGCAGGGUGAAAGAAUAGGUCUCCGAGGCCUUUUAAGCAUUCUGACGGUGUCUUUGCGCCGGGAAGUGUGCCUGCAGCUUAUGCCACCAUGCUCGGAUGCUGGGGUGCCUGCGUCUCGCUCGCCCUUUUGGCCUUAGCCAGCGGUGUGCAUGCCAUCGGACAAGCCACCUGUGUUUCCUUCUCUCCAUCAUCUGCCUCGUUUCCGAUCGUCAGCGAUGGUGUAGCUGUGCCGAUUCUUCUGUCCGAGGAUGACUGGGGAGGUGUGCAACGCGCCGCGUACGACUUUGCCAUGGACAUCCACAACGUAACCGGGGUGAUGCCAUCACUGUUCAACGUCAGCAUACCCGCGACGAGUGCCAACUUGAGCCUUGCUGGUACUCAGGCAAUUAUCGUCGGCACGCUGGGGCAAUCCUCACUCAUCGACGAGGUGGUGAACCGCACUAACCUGGAUGUCUCAAGUGUCGAAGGGCACUGGGAGGCGUUCAUGACGCAGGAAGUCGCAAAUCCUCUUCCCGGCAUCACUAGCGCAUAUGUUAUGAUUGGUGCGGACAAACGAGGCACGAUAUAUGCGAUGUAUGAUCACUCUGAGCAAAUUGGUGUCUCACCGUGGUACUGGUGGGCUGAUGUUCCCACCAAGACACACUCCGAGGUUCAUGUCGACUCCGCGGGAUGCGCGCACGGAUCGCCUACCGUCCAGUACCGCGGCAUCUUCCUCAACGAUGAGCAGCCUGCUCUACAGAACUGGGCUAUGGCUCGAUUCACAAAUGGUACCGGCGCUGCGCUGACAGGAUCACCCUUCAACCACUUUUUCUAUACGAAGCUGUUCGAGCUGCUCCUUCGUCUGAAAGCAAACUAUCUGUGGCCGGCGAUGUGGUCAAGUGCAUUUGGCGUUGACGACCUCCUGAAUCAACCCCUCGCCAACUGGUAUGGCAUAGUCAUGGGCACGAGCCACGAAGAGCCGAUGAUGCGCUCCAUCCCGGUCGAGUGGACGCUCUUCGGCAUCGGGCCGUGGGACUACAGCACGAACGCGCAGAACAUCUACAAUUUUUGGGUCGUCGGUGCAGAACGCGCCAAGCCGUACGAGAACGUGUUCACGGUUGGCAUGCGAGGAGAUGGUGACGAGCCACUGGCUGGCGGCCAGGACAUCGAUCUUCUCGAGGAGAUCAUCUCAGAUCAGCGGCAGAUCCUGAGCAACACCUACCCCGGUGUCAAUGUCACGACCAUCCCGCAGAUGUGGUGCUUGUACAAGGAAGUGCUCGGGUACUAUGAAGACGGCAUGACAGUGCCUGAUGACAUUGCGCUGAUGUGGACCGACGACAACUACGGCAACAUCGAACGUCUGCCGACAGUCUCUGAGCGGAACCGCACCGGCGGUGCCGGAGUGUAUUACCAUUAUGACUAUGUCGGAGAUCCAAUGGAUUAUAAAUGGAUUGUCAGCAGUCAGCUCGCCAAGACCUACGAGCAAAUGUCGCUCGCAACCGCGCGCAACGCGACGCGCAUCUGGAUCGUCAACGUCGGCGACCUGAAGCCGUACGAGAUGGAGACUGAGUUCUUCAUUACGUACGGCUGGGACACGUCGCUGUGGGACAUGAACAACCUCGGUUCGUUCGUCGAGCUAUGGGCGCAGCGCGAGUUCGCGCUCUCGUCGGAAGACGCGGCCACGGUCGCGGGCGUGAUUGCGAACGUCACGCGGUUCAACUCGAACAGGAAGCCGGAGAUGCUGAACGGGACGACGUACAGUUUGUGGAACUACCGGGAGGCGGAGAACAAGUUAGCGAUGUGGCAGGCGACGAACGUGUCGGCGACGCGCAUCCGCGACUCGCUCUCCGGAGACAUGCUGUCCGCGUACUUCGAGUUGGUAUAUCAUCCCGUGCAGGCGAGCUAUACACUAGCGAGCAUGUGGAUCGCGGCGGGCAUGAAUAACCUGCGCGCCUCACAAGCAUUCCUGAGUGCGAAUAAGUAUGCUGCAGUUGUCGAAGAGCUGUUCCAGCAGGAUUGGGAGCUGGAGGUUGAGUAUGAUACCCAGUUGGAAGGCAAAUGGACGCACAUGAUGAGCCAGACGCAUGUAAUGUAUGCCUAUUGGCAGCAGCCGCAGGCCAAUACCAAGCCCUAUAUCUCGUGGUACCAAGCGCAGAAACAGGCUCUAGCCGGCGCCAUGAGAGUCGCGCCUGAAGGUACCCAGGCUGCCUGGCCGGGCGACAACCAAUACCAGUGUGCUCAAGGCUAUAGCUGCCCGAACCCGUCUCUGUCCAUCGACCCUUACUUGCCAGCUGGCAACAGAUACUUCGACCUCGGUGUGGGCGGGCCAGUGUCAUUCAACUUCACGGCGACCAGCAACGUGUCCUGGCUGACGCUCUCGCCUACGGAGGGGUACAUCUCGCCAGAUGCGCCCGAGCAACGGGUCUUCGCCACUGUUGAUUGGAGCCAGUUGUCGAGCACCGAGGCUGCGUUGAUCACGUUUGAGGCCUAUCCGCAGGGCCAGUCUGCCAUGUCGCUGACGGCGACUUUGACGGCGAAUUACACGGAGGUGCCGAGUGACUUUACAGGUUUCGUCGAGGGUGAUGGCGGCGUUUCGAUAGAAGCGGCACAUGCUGCGAGGAACACGACGGUCGAGGGGAUUAUGUGGACCGAACUGCCAGGUUACGGUCGGACGCUCUCAGGCGUGACUCCGUGGCCUCGCGGUGGCGAUGAGCUCAACUUUACAGUUGGCACAGGCCCCAGCAUCGAGUACGACUUCUUCACAUUCAACACGUACAACGAUACCGGUAGCAUCAUCGUCACGACGUACGUCUCGCCGUCGCUAAAUUCGCUCGGGCCCGACCGGCCGCUCGCGCUCGGCGUGCAGGUUGACACGGACGAGCCACAGGUGAGCUACUUCGUGCCGAACGCGACGCCGGGGAGCCUGCCUGCGCAGUGGGAUGGUAUGGACGGCUGGGCGGCGAACAAUAUCAAUUCGUUCUCGAUGAACUUCACGACAGAGCCGGGUGCGCACACCUUGACGUUGUGGAUGAUCGAGCCGACUGUGGUUGUGCAGAAAAUCGUUAUCGACACCGGUGGUGUUCAGCCCAGUUAUCUUGGCCCGCCCGAGAGCAUACGCGUCUGAAUGACCCAGUUUUG